AUGAUGUCUCGUGUGUUGUGUUUUCUCACUUUGCUGUUGAGUGUUGUCUCUUUGUGUGGGAGAGCUGAGACGCCUACUUCUCCUUCUCUUAGAGUUGGUCCUGGUGGUACUUGUGCUGAAGGUACUAAUCCUCCUCCUGGUGAAAAAACUUGUAAACCUCCCCCUUCUGCUGGUGGUCCUUCUCCUGGGGCUCAUCCUCCUCCUUCUGAUGGUCGUUGCGCUGAUGGUUCCACUCCUUCUGCUGAUAAACCUUGUGCUGAAGCUUCUGGUGUCCCACCACCACCACUUCCUGAUGGUGCUUGUAGUGAAGGCGAGGUGAGUUCGCAGUGCAAGAGUAACACUAGGGAACCUGAAGUUGCUCGUCCUGAUGAUUGUACGGAACCUUCUGGAACAGGCAACUGCGUAACCAGUGGUCGUGACACUGACGGCAGUUGCCGUGAAGGUUCCGAUCUUCAUUGUUCUCCAACCAAAGAAACGGAACAGGGUUCUCAAAGUGACCGCGGUUCUACUGGUCCUAUUGGUGAUGCUGUUUCAUCCAGUUCUACUGAAGAAAUCAGUAAAGGUAGGAACGAUGGUCCUCGUGAAACGGAUCUCACUGCUCCUGCUCCUUCUCUAUCUGCUCCCUCACCUGGUGAGGCAGCUGAUGGUCCGUCUGUCGGUGAAGGUCAAGCUGAAAGCAGUAACAAAACAGCAGGUGGAACUCCUCCAAACGAGGAGGGUGGUGCACAACAGCCUUCCACUUCUUCUCCUACCAAUACAGUCACAGAGAUUGCCGGUGGCUCUGAAACAUCUGUUGAGAACAGCAGUACAUCUGCAGGAACUGGAUCAACAAGUAACCAAGAAGGUGAUAUGGGGAAUGCAGAAACAACUACCACCACAACCACCACCACCACAACAACAACAACAACACUUCCUCCUGAACUCACAAACAACAAGAAGGGUGAUGCAGACAGCAGCAGCAGUAUCAGCAGUUCUGUGUGGGUGCGUGUGCCACUACUGAUUGUGGUUACACUGGCCUGUAUUCUUGUGUGCUGA